GGGUGUCGGGUGGUGGAGACACGCCUCUCCCGCGUCACCCAUCAUACCCGCCUCCAACAUGAGCGUGGGCGAGGCCCUGGCCUCGACCAAUCCCUACCCGCCGGGCGGUGGCGGCACGGGCGGAGCCAAUCCGGGUGAGGGUCGAGCCAGUAGCGGCAGUGGAGCCGGGCCGGGCGGGCCCGGUUCGGCCGGUGUAGGUUUGGUCGGUCCCCACCCGCACAACGGGGGUCCAGCCUUAAUGGGUGGAGUAGGGGGUGGCAACGGCGGCGGUCUGAUGCCCCACGCGCCCAUCGCCUUGAAGGCCAAAGAAGAGAUCUUGACGUCGCUUCAUCUGAUCAAAGACAUUCGACGCUUGGAAACCUAUCAACGCGACUUCUUUCUUAAGGUCAAGGAAUCCUUGAAUCACGUGCACUUGUUGUUGGAUCAUCAGCUCAUGGACAUGGCCUGGUCCGACAACCUAAUCCAUUGCGAAGAAAGCCUGCUCAAGGCCUCGGUUCAUUUGGCGGGUUCGUCUCCGUCGCAAAUCUCGGAAAUCUAUUCGUUGUUGCUCCAGGAUCGAGACAAGUUGAACCAUCGCUUCCAGGAGUUGUCGGUCAAGAGCUCGUUGAGCGAAUAUGUGGUCAACUCGCGUAGCCUCUUGGAUAUUGAGACCAUCCAUAUUGCGGCUGAGUCCAUUCUACGCAAUGAGAAGCCCAUCCAAGCUCCGCCGGACAAGUCUAUCCCCGUCGAUCACACGUUCUUUCUGGCCAACUUUUGCACCACCAGCAUUGCGAGCUCCAUGCUAGCCUCGUUUAUUCCGCCGAAAUCACGCGACAAGACCACCUUUCAGAGUGCACCGCGAUAUGAACAUCACCCAUCGUCGUCCAUGAAACCCACCAACCACGCCCUGUCGUCCCACCCCAUGGGCCAUCAUCCCUCGGGCGUGCCUGGGUUAGGUCAUUCGGGCGGAUCGUCCCUCUCGAACGUGCCUCAUGGACCUCCACCCAAGUUAGGCGAUGACCCAUCGUUCUACCCGCCCAGUGGCGUCGCGGUUCCCAAUUCCAACGGACUUUACAAUCGCGAAGAGUUCAUCAACGCCGUCGUGAUGCAGAAUUCGGCAGAAGCGGCCGCCGCAGCCGUGGCGCACGCCCAAGAUGAAUUGGCCAAAAAUGUGUUUGGUGGCCAUGAAUUGGUGUCGGCCAUCAGUCAAAUCACUCGGGGUGACGACGUUGUCUCGCCGCCCAAGCCCAAGUCUUCGAGCAACUCGGGACCCAGUCAUCUCCCGCCGGGCAGUGGGUCGAGAAAGAUGCCCACGGAGCUCUGGGGUGGCAACGGAGGAGGUGGAGCCGGGGGAAGUGGCGCCGGAGCCAAAGAUGAGGGUGUGCCCUCGCGUUCGCCCGGAAUCAUGCUACCAUCGGAUGGAGGCUUAAACAACGGUUUCAUUUCGAAGGCCAACUCCGGGAAGGUGAAGCGAGUCCACAAAAAUGAAGGCUUGUCGUUGGGGGAUGGAGGUGGUUCGGAAUCGAUACCUUCUGAUUCAGAGGACGGUCGCAAUGUCGCAUUUGGAGGUGCGGGAGGUGUGUCACCGGGCGAAUUUGACGCUAGCAAACCGCUCUCGUUCGCGCGGAUUGCCAGUCUCAAUCUGGAAAAACAAGCGGUCCAACGGCCCAGUCCUCAGCCAACGCCUACAAGUACCGGCCAAUCGCCCGCUCCCCCUAGCAUGUUGGCCACUGCCAAAGUGGUCGGAAGUGUCGUGAGCAACAGCAGCGUGGGAGGCCCGAGUCUCUUGAUCCCGUCGGGAUCCUCUCCGAUUCCGAUGCUCCCACCGCAAUCUCAACCGUCAGGCAGCGAUCCGUUGGCCAACCCAGCGGUCAUGAGCAUCUUAUCGUUGCCCUCGUCCAACAACCCGCGCUACUUUUUCGAAAUCUCCAUGGAAGGCAAAAAGCUGGGGAAAGCCAUCAUCGAGGUUGAGCCCGCCAUGGCACCUAAAAUGGCGCAAAAUUUUGGCUAUUUGGUCACGGGUGAGCGUGGCUAUGGCUACAAAGGUUGCCAGUUUUUCCAGGCUUGGAAAAACGAAUCCGUGAUCUGUGGCGAUUGGGAGCAUAACUCGGGACGAGGAGGCCGGUCAGCCCUGGACCUUGGACCUCUGUUUACCCCGGAUGAGACGCGAUUGCCGUGCAUUCGUGGAGCGGUGGGAAUGCGGCGCAUGUCCAAGAAGCACUCCAGUUUAAAUCAGGUCGCAUCGCAAUUCCGGAUUAUCCUAGCCAACAUGAAUACCCAAUUCACCGGGAUCUUUGGUCGCAUCAUCGAUGGCAUCGAGGCACUAGACAAGGUGGCCAAUGUCGGGGGAGAAGGGGGCCGGCCCGAAAAGAUUGCCAUGAUUUCGGCUUGCGGUAUCUACAAGUCCUAAUGAGGCCCAAAACGAUUCGAUCGAGGACGGACCCGACCAGCACGUCCCUGAAAGAUUGAGCUCCUACAUAGCUCGUCAUGUCGGUAUCCUCGCAGAACACGUUUCACUUCUAAUUCGCCUAUGAACAACGCAUACAGCCAACACCAAAAUUCUUGAACUCGAACGAGAAAUUGGAGCUGAAAAUAAUCGAUCGCGCUUUACUAUUUACUUGUACGAUCUUCGUUACAACCAUCUAUUUCGCCCACGCCAUCAUAGUUGUAUCAUUGACCAUUAAUUUUCAAAUUAUGAUGAUGAUAUGAUAAUCAUGCCCCCUGUCGUUUUCUUUGGACCUGGGUUAAGAAACUCGACUCUUCAAACAUCCUCCUACCUAACCCAUCAUCAAAUCAUCCAUGGUAUACUGCGGACGUGCUCAUGAGUCGCUCUAAUACGCAAAAAUACUACCCUUCAUCCCAAAACCUUAAAUAUAUCGAAGAAGCACAA